AUCGUUGUUUAUGGUGCGUUGUUUCUUCUGCGACUGCGUUGCAUAUCCAAAGCGAUUUCUUUGUAAAAUACGCAUCGAGACCAUUAGUGCAAACGUUUUAACUAAUAAUUAAACCGUAGUUUAUUAAAUGGCAGACAAAAAAGUCACACCGCCGCUCGGCGCCUACCCCCAACCCCAGCCGCCCCAGGGGCCAUUCCUGCCGGCGCCACCGCACCAGGCUGCGCCUCAGUAUGGAGUGGCAGGCGGGUCUCCGUACGGCGUGACCUUCGGCGGCGCGGGCGCGGGAGCCGGCGGAAUGUACGCACCGCCACCCUACGACCAGCUGCAGCACCACCAGGCCAUCCCGGCGCUCAGCCAGCAGCUGCCGAUGUAUAGCCCGGCAGCGGCGAUGUACGCGGCGGCGGCGGGCUAUCCGGGCUACAUUGGCUACCCGGUGCAGUACUACCCGUAUUACCCUACGGCCGCUGCUGUGCAGCCUUCCAUCCAGCCUCUGCGACCCACUAUCAUGAUUCCUAACGGUUUCGAAGCCGGCGGCCGCUUCGAGGGCCUGGCGCAGACGCUGCUGCCGCCCGCGCCGCCCGCCGUGCCGCCCUCGCCCGCGCACCUCGCCGCGCUCCAGCCGCACCAAGUGCUGUGGCGUUAAAAUCGAUCUGAAGACGGGCGAGCUAUCCCUACAGGCACCGAUGCAACAACGGUAACACACGGACAGAUUCACAUAUAAUUAUUAUAUAUACUUACUUAUACUAUUACUAUACAGGUUUCGACCACUUAUUCGUUGGUUCCCGUUCGACGUAACUGAAAACUAUUUUGGUUGCCAAACGAAAUAGUUUUAGGUAUAAAUUAUAAAUCUAUCGUUUGUGAAGAAUUUAAAGUAGUGUAGUGAUAUUCCAAUAUACAGUAUGUA